GGGGGGAAGGGGGCGGGGCAAAGCCCGCAUGCGCAAAGAAGGCUGGGGAGAGCGGGCGUCUUCGCCGGCGUCGACUUCUACUGCAGUGAAUAAUGCAGGGGAAAAAAAACAACCCCACACCUAUUUUCUCGCGAGAUUACACCUGCGCUUUUAAGCGCACGCGCAGUCGCUUCCCUUUCUGUCUCGGCGCGCUUGUCGUCUCCCCUGGUUUGUUUUUUCACCGCUCUUCCCUCCUCAACCGGAAGUGGACGGCACGUUCCGAAGGCGGUUGGCGGCUGCUCCGGAAGUGGUCUUCGCUCCGUCAGGGUCUGCGUCUUCUGGCCCAGCCGGGCCGUCUCCUUUCGCCGGUGGCGGAGAAGCGGACGAAAAAGCUUUGGUGGAAAGAGGAUGGAUCCAGCAGAGGGCAAUUUGUUUGACAUUCCUGAUUACGAACACACCCAGGAUGAGGAGUUUCAAGCUCUACCUCCCCCAGCCUCCCCAGGGGGAGAAGAUGAAGAAGAGACAGAAGAAAAAAAAUCAUCACAAAACCCUACCAGGAAAGGUGUUAGAAGGCCAAUGCCUAAACUAGAUGCUCAGAGAUUAACUUCAGAGCGAGGACUUCCAGCUCUGCGGAAUAUGUUUGAUAAUGUACAGUUCAAACGUAAAGGUCACGAGGCAGCAGACUUGAAGAUGCUCGUCACGCGCAUGGAGCAUUGGGCUCACAGGCUGUUCCCUAAAUUGCAGUUUGAAGAUUUUGUGGAAAGAGUAGAGUGCCUGGGAAAUAAAAAAGAAGUUCAAACGUGCUUAAAGCGAAUUCGACUUGACCUGCCCAUUCUGCACGAAGACUUCACAGGUAAUGAAGGUGAUGAUGGUGGAAACAGUGGACCCAAUACAGCUGCUGAAGAACUAGAUGUUUUUUCGGAGAACCGAAAUGCAAGAGAAGAGAAUGUUUCAAUUCAGAGUGCUUCUCUAACAGAGGAGCAGCAGCAGAGAAUUGAAAGGAACAAAUGGAUGGCGCUUGAAAGGCGGCAAGCAAAACUGCAGCUUAACAGUCAGACGCAAGAAGAAAACGAGCUGCCUGCAGCCCAGCCAAAUGAAGAAUGUGAGAACAUUCCAGCUCAGGAACAAGAUGAUCUGACUGCAGUAGAAGCAGAAGACUCACCUUUUGUAGCUGCUGAGGACGAGAUGCAAAGUGGUCCAGAAGAACACGAUCAAUGACCUUCGACUAUCUGGAAUUAAGAACCUGUCUCGCUACGAAGGAGUGGUAGCGAAGUCCUCCAUUCCUUGCUGUUGAGAAGUUUCGGGGUUCUAGCAUGGAGUCCUUACUGGAUCAAUGUUGGAUGCUCCUGUUUAGCCGUUUUACUAUCCUCUGCGGGUGAGAAAAUAUCCUGAAUUUUGCAGCACUAUGUUCUCUCUUGCCCACCUGGCUUUAGAAACUGUAGAGUUCUUACAGUUCUAGUGCCAUAACCUGGAAGCAGUAGGGUGGAAGUAGCGGCCCUGGUUUCUCUCAGCUAGAAAGCAACGUGGUCUCAGUAAUGGUGGCCACUGCCUUUAAAGAACAGAACCUGUCUUUUUUUUUUUUUAAACCUUUCACAUUGUGAGAAAUUUGCAUUGCAUUGUUCUUACUUUGUACUAGUGAUUAUAAUAAACUUUGGAAAUAGCCUUCUGAAAGAAAAA